AUGGACUUGACAAUGCGCCGCGGUGAGGAAGGCCAAGAAGACACUGCGGUACCUGUGGACGGUACGGGGCAGGUGUGCCUAAUGAAUGGAAGCCAAGCGUGCGAGGUGACCGCAAUGGCACCCGACGUAACGCCACCCCCGAGGAAGACCAGUUCGUUUAGCAUAAGGAAUCUAGUCGGCGCUGAAGACACGGAACGGAGCGCCGACGGCAACGCUAACUCUAGCGAUGAUAUCCACUCGGAGUUCGAAUACCUCGCCGUACCAGUCCCCGUGACGUCACUCGCCCCUAAC